AUGGCGGCACGAGGCUAUGUAUGCACUUCGCUAGAGAAGGCCGCAUACACCUCCGCCUCGCAUGGCACAGUGGAUUCAAUACCAUACAACCCGUGGGACUUCCUACGGCAGAAAUCACAGAUGGAAGAAAGCGAAGCAACACUCUCCGUUCCGUCAGGUACACAGACUGGCAGUCAGAGUCGUGCUCCAAGUGUGAAGAGACGAGAAGAGACGAGCGAUUCGGAAAAGGCAGGGAGAGUCUGGGCUCGUGGUGUUGACGAUCCUUGGCAUCCAUGCAUUCUCACGCUCGAUGGAGGCGGUAUUCGAGGAUACAGCAGUCUUCUCAUCCUCAAAGCUCUUAUGCAUGAGAUCUGGGAGUGGGAGAAGUACUACGACAACGAGGCAAAUGUGGAGUUUCGAACAGACAGUCCGACGUCAUACGAGGAGCAGGAUGAUGGAGUGGCAUCACGCGGUUGCUUAGGACAUCCGGAAAGGAAUGGGAGUUAUUCAGAGGCAAGAGGUGCGAAUUCAGCAGACCCCCAGGCCAUUCCAGCAGCUACGACGAACAACAACGACACCACCGACAAGCCAACCCGCGAAGCAGACCUCCUACCAUGCCACUACUUCGACUUCAUGUACGGAACCUCGACAGGGGGGCUGAUUGCCAUCAUCCUCGGCCGCCUCCGAAUGUCCGUCUCCGAAGGCCUCCUACUCUACCGCAAAGUUGGCGACGACCUCUUUGGGAAGCGUCGCAGCCGCGUACCUCUCAUGACAAAAUACUACCAUGAACCUCUCGAGAAAGCCGUCCGCGACAUCGUCAGCUCGCGCUGCUCAACCCACCCCAAUUGCGAUGGCAACGACCUCCACCCCUGGGAGACCAACCAAAAUCCCUUCGACGUCGACCAACCCCGAGUCUGCCAAACCGCCUGUCUCACCGCCACCCACGACGAGUCCCUCUCCGAAGCCCAUCUCCUCCGCUCCUACCCACAUUUCUACACCUCUACCACCGAGAAUUGGAUCACCCGCUACAACGAAGGCAGCGACCCUCUCCAAAUCUGGCAAGUCUCCCGCGCCACGACCGCCGCACCAUUCUACUUCGAAAUGCUCAAAGCCGUCGUCGGCGACGUGGAUAUGUCCUUCAAAGACGGCGGCAUCCGCGAGAACAACCCCUCCGCCGCCGCGAUCUCAGAGUUCCACUCUCUCUACGAAGGCCGCGCGAAUGCUCCCGCUCUCCUCCUCAGCGUCGGCACCGGUCGGCCCAACCAGACUCACGACGGCUUCGCGGCUCCCUGGCCCUCGACCGUCGGACGUAUACCGCUCGUCAGCAAAUUCCUCGAGAAACGAGCCGUCGUGCAAAAUUUGUUGAUCAAAUACACCGAAGGCGAGAAGCAGCAUAAACAGACGCGGGAACAUGCCAAGGGGGAGCAUACGUGGUAUAAACGCCUCAAUGUCAGUAAGGGGUUUGAGCAUAUGCCGCUCGAUCAUUGGGAGAAGGGGUUGUGGAAGGAUCCGGAUACGGGUAGAGAGAAAGUUGUGAAUGGUGGGGCGUCAUUGACGAGGAUGGAGAAGGCUACGGAGGAGGAGUUGAACAGGGAGUUCAAUCCGGAAAUUGACUCGUACGCGCCGCCGAGGACGAUGUUGAGACAGGCGGCGCAGAAGCUUGUGUUGCAGAGGAGGGCUAGGGAGGCGGAGGGUGGUUCGAGGUGGGAUGUCUUCGUGGGGAGGGCGGCAAUUGGUGGACAGUCGACGACGAAUGGACAUGCUGGUUGA